AUGGGUUCCUCCAAGCGGCACCGGGAGCGGGGCGAGGCCUCGGAAGACGUAGGUCCUCCACAGCCCCCUUCCUCUGGUGGGGGUGGCGCUGCCACCACGUCGUCCUCCUCCCGCCACCGCGAGCACAAGAAGCACAAGCACCGGAGUAGCGGCGAGAGUGGGAGAGAACGGCGGAGUAAGCGCAGCCGCAGCCGGGGCGAGCGGAGCAGCCGCCGGACUGGUGCGGAGGAGUCGUCCUCUCGGGGGAGUCGCGGGGGCGCCAGCAGCAGCGCUGCCGCUGGGGGCCCGGAAGGAGCGGCCGAAGUGGGGAGGCGACUUAAGAGGGAAAAGCGCGACGACGGAAAUGAAGGUAGUCAGAACUCAGCUGUUGUCACAAAGUCCAGCUCAGGAGAUUCUUCUUCCCUCAGCAUCGAGGAGACAAACAAACUCAGGGCUAAACUCGGGCUGAAGCCUCUGGAGGUAAAUGUUGUCAAAAAGGAAACGGGCAGCAAGGAAGAUCCUGUGGCAGCUGAGGUCAUCAACCCGAUAGUGCUCAAGCAGCGUGAGGAGAUCCGGGAGAAGCUUGCGGCUGCCAAGGAGAAGAGGCUCCUCAACCAGAAACUCGGGAAGAUCAAAUCACUUGGUGAAGAUGACCCCUGGCUGGAUGACACAGCUGCCUGGAUCGAGAAAAGCCGGAAGCUGCAGAUUGAGAAGGAUAUGGCGGAGAAGAGGGCCAAGCUCUUGGAGGAGAUGGACCAGGAGUUUGGCAUCAGCAGCCUCGUGGAAGAGGAGUUUGGGCAAAGGAAGAAGGUCAGCUACAGUUCACGAGACUUGAAGGGCUUGACAGUGGAGCACACCAUUGAUUCCUUCCAGGAAGGGGAGACGGUCAUCCUGACACUCAAAGACAAAGGUGUCCUUGAGGAGGAAGGGGGCGAUGUCCUCGUGAACGUCAACAUAGUGGACAAGGAGAAAGCAGAGAAGAACGUGGAGCUGCGCAAGAAGAAGCCGGAUUACAAGCCCUACGAGGAGGAGGAGAGCGUGGACGACAUGGUGAUGUACAAGCACAAGAACAUCCUCUCCAAGUACGACGAGGAGAUCGAAGGGGAGAAAAAGAAGUCCUUCAAGCUGGACUCGGUGGGGAUGGCCGACGGCUCUUGGGAGCGGGAGCUGCAGCAGAUCCGGGACAACCUGCGCGAUCAGGCUCAGACCCUGGACAUGCCCAAUCUCCACCUGGCAUCGGAGUAUUUCACCCCAGAAGAGAUGAAUGUCACCUUCAAGAAGACGAAGCGGCGGGUGAAGAAGAUACGCAAGAAGGAGAAGCUGGUGAAGGCUGCCGAUCUCCGGCCACUAGGCAACGAGACCAGCAAGAGGGAUUUCGGCUCCAGGGCCCGCGGCCGAGGCAGGAGGGUUGUUGCGGAAGAGGAAGAUGAGGAGGACGAGGACGAAGAGGGGUAUGUGGAAUAUGAUGAAAAUGGGUCCGUGGAGCAGCCGCCCCAGUCAGAUGACCUUCGGGUGGAGAGGAUGGACAUCAGCAGCGAUGACGAGGAUGCUGUAAAGGGUCCAGACUCUCCCACCGCCUUGGAGGAGGACGAGGCUGAACUGGAACUGCAGAAGCAGCUGGAGAAAGGGCGGAGGCUAAGACAGAUCCAGCAGCUGAAAGACAGCGGGGAAAAGGUCAUAGAAAUAGUGAAGAAGUUAGAGACUGGCCGGAGCCAGGAGGACGAUGACGAGCUGGAGAAGAAGGGGGCCAUCGUCUUCAACGCCACUUCUGAGUUCUGCCGGACGCUGGGCGAGAUCCCCACCUACGGGCUGGCUGGCAAUCGUGAAGAUCAGGAAGAGCUCAUGGACUUUGAGCAAGCCGAUGAGCGGUCAGCCAAUGGGGGCUCGGACUCAGACGGCGAGGAGAACAUUGGCUGGAGUAUGGUCAACUUGGAUGAGGAGAAGCAGCAGCAGGACUUCUCGGCGUCUUCCACCACCAUCUUGGAUGAGGAGCCCAUCGUCAACCGGGGCCUGGCAGCUGCCCUGAUGCUCUGCCAAAACAAAGGUUUGCUGGAGACAACAGUACAGAAGGUGGCAAGAGUGAAGGCCCCCAACAAGUCGCUGCCGUCCGCUGUUUAUUGCAUAGAAGAUAAGAUGGCCAUUGACGACAAGUACAGCCGGCGUGAAGAGUACCGGGGCUUCACCCAGGACUUCAAGGAGAAGGACGGUUACAAGCCAGAUGUCAAAAUCGAAUAUGUGGACGAGACAGGACGCAAGCUGACCCCCAAGGAGGCAUUCCGGCAGCUCUCCCACCGGUUCCAUGGCAAAGGUUCUGGCAAGAUGAAGACCGAGCGGCGCAUGAAGAAGCUGGAUGAGGAGGCGCUCUUGAAGAAGAUGAGCUCCAGCGACACCCCCCUGGGCACCGUGGCUCUGCUGCAGGAGAAGCAGAAGGCCCAGAAGACCCCUUACAUCGUGUUGAGCGGCAGCGGCAAGAGCAUGAACGCAAACACCAUCACCAAGUGAGACCUUGCCGUCCACAUGGAGGGGGAAGAUGGCUCCUUCUGGGAUUCAGGCCUGGACCUCAUUCUGUCCUUGACCCGUUUGUAAAGCAAGGUUUCCGGCUGGCGCGAGAUGCAGAACACCUGUGUUUUUUUGCUCUAUUGGAAUCUUGAGAGCAAGACACUCUCCCCAACCACUGCCUUGAGCCAUCUGAUCGACUGUUUCCCUCCAGAUGUUGUACAGAGAGGGGGGAAGGCAGAAUCUGUGUAUAUAAUUGUGGAGCUGAGUUUCUGAGGAUGCCUUUUGGUGUUGGCUUAUUUUGUAUCUAUGUGUGAAACCAAAUAGAAUAAAAGUCGCUGCUU